CCGGCUUGGUCCCAGGACUCUGUUUACUUUCUCUUCUUUGCUCGGGUAGGCUGGUUAACUGGAACCGCCGAGCACGCAGGCCCACCGGGGGAAAUGCUCUUUCCAAGACCUUAACUUUUAAAAGCUCUUUGUUCCAAACGUUAGUGUGGACGAUGCUCUUGCAGGAUGCCUUUUCUUUUGGGUCUUAGACAGGAUAAGGAAACCUGUGUGGGUACCAACAAUCAAAGCUACAUCUGUGACACAGGACACUGCUGCGGGCAGUCUCAGUGCUGCAACUACUACUAUGAACUCUGGUGGUUCUGGCUGGUGUGGACCAUCAUCAUCAUCCUGAGCUGCUGCUGUGUGUGCCACCACCGCCGAGCCAAGCACCGCCUGCAGGCCCAGCAGCGGCAGCACGAAAUCAACCUGAUCGCCUACCGGGAAGCCCACAAUUACUCAGCGCUGCCAUUUUAUUUCAGGUUUUUGCCAAACUAUUUACUACCUCCUUAUGAGGAAGUGGUGAACCGACCUCCAACUCCUCCCCCACCAUACAGUGCCUUCCAGCUCCAGCAGCAGCAGCAGCUGCCUGCGCAGUGUGGCCCUGCAGGCAGCAGCCCCCCAGGCGCCGAUCCCACCAGGGGCUCCCAGGGGGCUCCAAGCAGCCCCUUGUCUGGGCCCAGCAGAAGCAGCACGAGACCCCCGAGCAUCGCAGACCCUGAGCCCUCCGACGUGCCAGCCGACCCAGCAGCCACCAAAGCCCCCGGAAUGGAGCCCAGUGGCUCUGUGGCCGGCCUGGGGGAGCUGGACCCUGGGGCCUUCCUGGACAAGGAUUCAGAAUGUAAGGAGGAGCUGCUGAAAGAUUACAGCUCUGAGCAGGGCACCGCCCUCCCCGACAACAAAGACAAGACGCCUGGCAGACACCGCCGCUUCACGGGGGACUCAGGCAUCGAGGUGUGUGUGUGCAACCGGGGCCACCAUGAUGAUGACCUCAAAGAGUUCAACGCGCUCAUUGACGAUGCUCUGGAUGGGCCCCUGGACUUCUGUGACAGCUGCCACGUGCGGCCCCCUGGCGACGAGGAGGAAGGGCUCUGCCAGCCCUCCGGGGAGCAGGCCCGAGAGCCCGGGCACGCCCACCUGCCGCGGCCGCCUGCAUGCCUGCUGCUGAACACCAUCAAUGAGCAGGACUCCCCAAACUCCCAGAGCAGCAGCUCCCCUAGCUAGAGCAGGCCCUGCUGCGCCCGAGAACUUGGCAGAGCAACCAGGGUAGGGGAGAACCACGAGAGAAGCAUUAAAUGACUUUCAGAAAAAGUGGGACAGCCACUUCAUUCUUUUUUUUCCCCCCUCCGCUCCUGCAUUUUCCUACAUCUCCAGGUACAGUAUGGGGGCGUGGAUGCGUCUGCCCCCACGGAAGCACAGUGUUGGAGGGCUGAGAAGUUGAUUCUGAGACUCAUUCCUCAUACCCCACCUCUGUCCCCUUUGUCCCCUUUUCAAGUCAUAUAUCACUGCCUGCUGGAGUCAAAGAGAUUUGUGUUUUAGAAGCCCUCAAGGAAGGGAGCUGAGACUGUGCCCUGAGGUGACUCUUGGUAAUGGAGUGAAUUUAUGCUCUGGUGUUAGUUUAAGAGAACCUUGCUGUGUCUCAGCCCUGGGUGACAAAGGAAGCCUACAGAGGCCCAAAGAUUGUUACCCCUCGCUGCCGGUGUCUGCAGAGCCAGAAUUGGGCUAAUCCUCUGGGAGGAGGAGAGCUGACCGGCAGUUGGAGGGGUAGGUUGGUAGGGGGCUUGUUGCUCUCUCAAAUUCCUGGUGACAACAUUGAUGCCCCACUGUGCAUCUUUGAGGGGCCCUUCUGAGCAGGUUCUGGCUGGCUACAGACUGGUUCAGGUAUGGAAAAUUAUACCACCUUCUCUUUUGGGUUUUUGUUUUUAAAAAAAAAACAAAAGCGAGCUGAAAACAAGAACUUUACCAGUGGGCAGGCAAGAAUUCUGUUCUGGAAAAGGGAAGUUUGUGGCUCUUUCCCAAGUUGGCCUUGAAAGAGCCUGGCUGCUGUAUAGAGCCAGAAGGAGAUGUUUUGUGUGUAGGCUUGGGUGGGGGUAUCCUGGAACUUCUGCGGGUGCGCAGGAGGCCCUAAGCCAUGGCUGUGGACAGAGGUGCAGCUUUCUGCAUCUCUCCCCAUUGGUCUGUGCCCACAGGUGACCAGGGCUCUCCCCGUCCCAAGCACACAGUCUGCAGGCCUUGAGGUCUCACGGUUCUGUAUGAACAAAUGAGGAGGCUGUGGGUCCGGAGAACAGGCAGCCCCAUAGCCUGGUCUCCCACAGUAUUUUCUCUUGAUUCUGAAUAAGUUGGUUUUUAUUUUUAACUGACCACUUGGAAAAAAUGCCUUUGUUAUCUGUGAUUUUUAUGCCCUUUCCCUGCCUCCCGGCUUUGAGUGGGGUAGCUAAUUUGUGUAGCCUUUGUAAAGAGCCUAAGUGGCUCAGGUAGGAGCGUGAAGGCAGCCAUCCAGGACAGUAGGAUCCUUAUUACUGUGGUUUGACUUCAGAUAACUAGUCGUACUUUGGUAGGAAGAGUCUGAAUGGAGAAAGUGAAUAGCCGAAACUAACAUUCCCUGUCCAGCCCUGUUCAUACGAAGAGUUUGGUUCUUCCCCGACUUUUGAACGAUGACAUUCAGACAAGGCAUUGAUGUUAUGAUAAGAAAGGAAAAAAAAAACAAAUAUAUAUAUAUAUAUGUAUGUAUACAAAAAUAGGCAAAUCCAAGGCUGUGAGGUGAACGAGUGUCUGCGUUUGGAGUCCACAAAACCAAAAUCCAUGUUGAACAAAGUGAAGUCCAUACACAGUGACUUUUUGGAUAACCUGUGUGUGUCUGUCUGUUGUGUGUGAGCCCCCAGCCCUGUUUUCCUGUGAAUAUACUUUGAAUGGCAGCCAUUCUGCAUGUGUUAACCACACGUUUGGAGCAGAUAUGGCCCUCUCAAGGUAAUUUAUUUUACGCAUUUACUGUUUACUGAACAAAUGUCUGACUGUGUACUCGGGUGUAUUCAGCAGCAUUGUCGACGGCAGUCCCCUGUGUUUGCCAGAGAUACUGUGCUCGAAGUAGAGGUUUUACUCUACCCAUCACUGCAAUUUGCACAUUGCUCCGUGGACGCUCAGAGGCCUGUGUUCUGUUCCCUGUUGUGGAAACGUGCUCUGAACCUGUCUGCCUCCCUCGGCUGCUCCUGGCCCUCCAUCUCAGCCCCCAGGGGGUGUCCACAGCCACUCGGGACAGAAGGCAAAGGUGGAACUUCAGACAGAAGCUUGACUGGAUCUUCAGUGACAAGCUUGGACUAGUUGUGGCCCAGACGGCCGCCCUGCCCAGAACUGCCAGGAGGGUUUGGCGGAUACCGCAGUGCCAUCGGGCUUACCUCCCUCUGCUGAGGUCCACUGCAUGCAGGCAAGCCGGUGUGUGGCGCGGGGCGGGAGUGCAUCAGCAGCCCUCAGAUGCCUUUCCUUCCACCUGUUUUUUUUUUUUUAAAAAAAACCCAAACAACUCACUGAAGUGUCUCAAAGGAGAUCAAGUUUUACCAAAAUGAAUCCUUCUUCAGUUAACUGAUCAAAUGGAUGAAUUCUGGCCCUCUCAAGUUUCCUUCCCCAGUUAGAGUGGGGAACUGGUCCGAGUGUUCACUGCAGCGUCCUACCCUAAAGGCACGAGAAGAAAAAAUGCAGCCGGUGGAGCUGGGCUUGAUUCCAGCCGGCACAGCCUGGCCCCUGCUACGGGAGGCUACCCUGCGUGGGAGCGAGGGAAAUAGGGAGUCGGGACUAGUUAGGGGGCCGGGAGAUUUGAUCGAGUCUGGUUUUCCAGGUGAAUGAGAAGGAAGGGGUCAGUGAGGGUUUGGUGCUACAGUCGGAAGAUUUGCAAACGCUAACACAUUCCUGUGUGAGGCACAUCACCAUUUGUCAGUUAUUGUGAAUAUGUGUAUUUUAAGCAAUAAGAUUCAGCUGGUCAGACUUUUCUGGGCAGUCUCGGUGACGCAUUUCCUCUGCUGUGAUUGUUCUGAAGACAGAGUGGCUCUAACCACUGUGAGAAGCCCAAAUAAAAUUGAUCCUAAAAAUUC